AUGGCGGCGCUUCGAGUCGCGGCGAGGAGGCUCGUCAGUGGCGGCGGCCAGACGCCGGCGGUGGCCGUGGGAGAGGCGCAGCGCCGGAUAUUCCCGAGGCUCUUCCAGGUCAACCGGGCAAGGUCUACCACUUCCUCCGCGGCUGCCGUGAACAGCAAUGCGGCGGAAGGCAAGGGCCUGAUAGUUGAAGAUCGGGAGAGGCGUGUGAAACUCUUGAUGGAUAUCCAUAGGAGGAAAGAGGACCUGUACGAUCUGACCUCAGAGGCGGAGAGGAUCUACAAGCUUCCCCGCAGGGAAGCCAGAGAAAUAGCAAGGCUGCGCCAGGAGCUUGCCACGCAAGUCGAUUGUAGGCCCAAUGACAGCACGUGGCGCUUGUUACGAGGGAAAGGUAUAUUCGAGCGUUACUUUGGAUUUGGGGCUUCUAUGUUCAGUAUCUAUGUCCUCACAAGCAUGUGCAUUGGUUCGAUCGUCGAACUGGAGCCACGCGAACAGCGAUGGCUCAAGAAGAAAAGAAGCGAGGCGAGCAAGGCCAAGAGUGGAGACAAAGUAUCUCCUAACUAGAAGAAGGUGGAUAUUGUAGGCCAUAUUUGUGAAUGCUAGUGUGCUCUCUAUGGUGAUAACUUGAUAAGUGGUCGCUUUGUAAGACUGAACUGCUUCCAGUUCCAUGAUCUUGUUGGAGUCUCCAAGUUAUCUAGAAGUUAUGUUGUAUCUGUGUUGGUGUCUGCCUCUUUAUGCUUGUUCAAGAAUUUGAAUGAUGUCAUCACCCGUGAAUGCACUUGCCAUUUACCACU